CCCCCUUGAUACAGAUGAAAUGAUGGCUGAAGUGGAAUCACCUCGAAUUCAUUUCUUACCCCAGGAGCUUUGGAAGAAUGUGAAGGAGGAUAUGGAGAACAAGGACUUGAAUGCCACUUCCCAAAUGUGUGAGCUUCUUGCUAAGGAUCCUAAAUUUCAGCAAGGCUACAUUGCUGUUACAUUUUCCACAGGAGUCCUCAUCUUGAAGAGAUGCCCAAUAACACCCUUGAAAGGUUUCGCCCUUUACGGCAGAUAAACAUUCAG